AUGAUGUUUUCCUUGGCAAGAUACGCAUUCAGUAGUCUCAAAAUUUGGAGAAUUCAGCAAAUUAUGUCAAGACAGAGUCACAUAAAACAAUCACCAAAUUUUCAUGACAAAUAUGGCAACAUAGUACUAGCUAGUGGCACCACUUUCUGUGUUGUUGCAUGGGUGUUUUUAACUACACAGAUGGGGAUACAAUGGAACCCAUCUCCUGUUGGCAGAGUUACCCCCAAAGAGUGGAAUAAUCAUUAA